GAAGGGUACUAUACUUCCAAUACAAAAUCAGCUGCACAGACCUAUACUUUCUUAAGAAAGGGAAGGAGAAAAGAAUCACAAGUACUUCUAUUUGUUCAUUUAUUUUCAUGUUUCUGAAAUCUUGCAGUUUCUCUUACUCAUUUCUAUGAUUUGUGAAACAGUGGUUAUAUGCACACCCAAGGUUUCAGGGAAAUCAACUGUACAUUGGUGGUGACUCAUAUUCAGGACUUAUUGUUCCCAUUCUUCUUAAGAAUAUACUAGAAGGUUUAUAGUCUGGGUCAAGGCCAAGAAUGCAACUCCAAGGAUACUUGCUUGGAAAUCUAGUUUCAGAUUCUUUUAUUGAUGUAAAUGAGAGAAUCCCAUAUGUUCACCGAGUGUCACUCAUUUCAGAUGAAAUCUAUGAGGCUGCUAAAACUAAUUGCAGUGGGGACUAUGUCAAUGUGGAACUUAACAAUACACUUUGUGUUACUGCUCUUCAAAAAAUUAAAGAUUGUCUUCUACAAAUAAAUCUUGCACAAAUUUUGGAACCCCAAUGUGCUUUUGCAUCUGGAAGAACAACUGAGUUGGAUGGGAUCUUAGAGCUUGAGAAGCAAGUACUAUGGAUUACCUCCUUUCAGAGUCUAAGCUACCUGAAUUGCAUUGCCGGUUGUGUAGAUACUUUUCACGAAGAGAAGAGCAAACGUGAAAGAAGAAAAGAAAACAAAGCUUUGACUAUGGAAUUGUUGGCUGUGGCAUAUUCGUCCCUUGUAGCCAAAAUGGAGGAGAUUAUAUAUAGGUUGGUCAUGCUGGAAUUUUCAACCACACAGAAGUAUUCUCUUGCAUCUAAUUCAACUUACAAUGUGGAAGAGGCUGGUGAUCUGUAA